UUCAGCCGAUAGUCGUCGCACAGCACACCACUAGCGAGUACACACAUCUAAUACUUUUGUCAUCCCUAGCUCGGAGUUGCAAAAAAAUCGUAUUCAUGAAAAAAUGGAAUUAGGCAAGAAAUUACGAGAAGUCGGGUGGCACCUGACAGAAGAGGGCAUUAAAAUCGUGACAACAGCCGUCGGCAGCGAGGAUGUCCGCAAAAUAGUCAAUGAUGCUCUGAAUCGAGAUCUGCGCGAUAUCGGCGGUGGCGCACUGCCCGCGAAACGCGAAGAUGCCACUUUGCCCGGUAAAAUUGUGCUGCAGGUUCAGCGUGUGCGAAAUAUUGCCGCUCCCAAAGCGAAUGAGGAAUCGAAGGCGGCGCCACGCCUCCUUCAGUUGGAUCUAAGUGAUGGGCAGAAUUCCAUAAAGGCCUUGGAGCUGGAGCCCGUUCCCCAACUGAAUCUCAAUGUGGCUCCCGGAAGCAAGAUCUAUUUCAAGGCCGAGAAACUGCAGCUUUUGCAGGGAUUCCUGCUGCUAAAGUCCAGUGAGAUUCAGCUGCUCGGCGGCCGUGUAGAUGCACUCUACGAGAAGUGGGAUCUGGCCAGGACCAUGAUGAGAUAUGCGCGCAGUGGGCGCCCCUUGAAUGGGACAUCAGCACCACCCCCGUGGGUGGCAUUUGGCCGAAAAAUCGAUAGCAACGCCGAAAGCGAAAUGAACUUCAAGAGCCUGGGCUCCACGGGCGACAAGGACAAGACGCCAAAGGAGAACGAAGAGUUCAAUGCCAUGCGCACAGAGGCCAUUGCCGUGGCCAGCAAGGCCGGCGGCAAGAAGAUCUUUGGCGGCGGUGGCCAGAACAUUAUCGAUCACAAUGUUAAGAAGAUCCUAGACAAGGGCUUCAGCGAGGAGGAGGCCCUUAGUGCCUUAUCUGCUACCCGAAACAACUUGGAGCGUGCCCUAUACAAUCUAAAAAGACGCAAUGAAGCUGGCGGAGUGGGUCCGAUUGAAUCCGUGGGUCGUCCGGGACGCGGAGAUCGUCCGCCCAGAGAGGGAAAGCGCGGAGCUAGCGCCAAGGACGAAGUUGAAGCAGCCAAGCCGGCUGCCAACACCACGCUGUUUGAUUUCCUAACCAAUAAACUGCCCGCCAAGGAAACACCGGCCGCUAGUAAUGCAGAAACCUUUGCUGCCGCUCCGACUGCCCCACCCACUACCAAUCAUUUCAAUCCAUUCAAGCAAUAUGGAAACUCGCGCUUCAGCGAGUCCGACAGCAAAUCUUCAGCUAUGGGCGGAGGCGGCAAGUUUGCAGAUCGUUCUAGGUUUGAGAACAACGUAUCGAGCAGCUUUGCCGCACAUCGUGGUGGACAUGUUGGUUCGUCGCGAGGCGGUGGCCGUAACCGAGGUGGCGGCAGGGACGAGAGGCCACCAAGAGAGGAGCGAUCCUACAGGGAAGACAGGCCUCCGAGGGAAGAAAAACCGACGAAAGAGGAGAGACCACCGCGAGAGCGAGGAGCCUUCAAUGAUCGUCCAGCUGGACGUUACAAACCAGACACGGCAACCGUAAAAACCGCCAAUCGCAAUGGCUCGGAUAACGCACCGGUGAAACCGAAUUCCGAGAUUAAGCCAGAUCAUGAAACAACCAAUGGGAAGGACCACACUGGCAACCGACGUGGCAGCGAUCGAGGCAGCAAUCGCGGAGGCUCCAAUCGAGCAGAGAACGGCAACGCCAAUGGCAACAGACGUAACAAGCCGGCAGCAAGCUCAAUUUCGGCGAGUUCAGUGGCGAAAUCAACAAAUAGCGCUGGCGAUGAUUUCAACGCCCGCUUGAGUAAGAUAACCGAGGAAACAGCUAAUCUCAAGGUGAGCAGUGCGCCCAAGCGAGAGAAUCGACGUAAGCAAGGAGGACAGGGGCAGGGACAAGCCAAUCGCCUGGCGGGAACGGGCACAGAAACACCGCAGCAGCAGCAGCCAGCUCAGUUGCUUUCGCAGAAGCCAGAGAAGGCUCAAACCAACCAAAAGCAUCAGAAUCAGCAUCUCAAUCCCAGGCACAAUUCGCACGCGAACUACAGUCAAUUGCCGAAUGGCUACACUUACGAUCCCAGCAAGAUCAUGGGUUUCCAGAGCAAGGAGGCCAACGAGUUUGCCAUGAGCCUUCUAAAGAGCCAGGGCGUCACACUGCCCAACCAAAAACAACAACAACAGCAGCAGCUGCAGGAAUCGUCACCCACGUCCUUUGGCCCCGUUUCAGCACCUGUUUCCCGUGCGCAACCUGCUCCAGUAGCUGUGCCACAAACUGCGCCAAGGGAGCAGUUCGGCAUGGUGCCAGGCGAUGCGUGGAUGUGGCAGAAGGGCGACUUGUGCAUGGCCAAGUAUUGGGACGAUGGAAGGUAUUAUGAGGCUGAGAUCACGGGCGUGUCGGAGAAAACUUGCGUGGUCUUCUUUAUGGGCUAUGGAAACCAUGAGGAGGUGUUGAAGGUCGACAUUCUGCCCAUCACCGAUGCCCAGAACAGACCACUGAGCAACUCAGCGCAGCAACAGCAGGCGCAUCUGCAGCAGCAGCAACCGCAUCUGCAGCAGCAGCAACCGCAUCUACAGCAGCAGCAACAUUCACGCUACCGCGGAGAUCGUCAGACGCAGCAGCAGCAAGUCUACGUGCCGCCCCACAAACGAGAGCAUUGAGACAACAUGGUAAAAGCCUGUUAACAACGUAUUUAAAUCAAUUAAAAUGUUUCGAAUAAACAACUUUACAGAGUAUUGAAACUA